CCCGCUCGGCCGUGGCGGCGGCGCCUCAGGGAGUUGGUGAGUAAGGUACCCGCGCGCUGACGGACCGGCUGAGCGCCCCCGCGACUGGUGAAUGUGCACACACGCGGACGCACUCUUUGAGCCAUUUGACAAUAAGCUGCAGACCGCCUGCCUCUUCUAAAUAUGCUGAACCUGAGGGCUGAGAGUGUCAGGACCCACACUCGGCAACAUGUCAGCAGAACUGGAGACGUCAGAAGGGCUGGAUGAGUCUGAGAAAAAGAGCUCUGGAGCCCUAGAGAGGGAGAAUCACACCAGAAUAGCCGACCUCUCAGAGCUCCUGAAGGAAGGGACCAAGGAAGCACACGACCGGGCAGAAAACACCCAGUUUGUCAAAGACUUCUUGAAAGGCAACAUCAAGAAGGAGCUCUUUAAGCUGGCCACCACUGCACUUUACUUUACAUACUCGGCCCUCGAGGAGGAAAUGGACCGCAACAAGGACCACCCGGCCUUCGCCCCCUUGUACUUCCCCAUGGAGCUGCACCGGAAGGAGGCACUGACCAAGGACAUGGAGUACUUCUUUGGUGAGAACUGGGAGAAGCAAGUGCAGUGCUCCGCGGCCACCCAGAAGUAUGUGGAUCGGAUCCACUAUGUGGGGCAGUAUGAGCCUGAGCUGCUGGUGGCCCAUGCCUACACCCGCUACAUGGGGGACCUCUCGGGGGGCCAGGUGUUGAAGAAGGUGGCCCAGCGGGCUCUGAAACUCCCCAGCACGGGGGAGGGGACCCAGUUCUACUUGUUUGAGAAUGUGGACAACGCCCAGCAGUUCAAGCAGCUCUACCGGGCCAGGAUGAAUGCCCUGGACCUGAACCUGAAGACCAAAGAGAGGAUCGUGGCGGAGGCCAACAAGGCCUUUGAGUACAACAUGCAGAUAUUCAGUGAACUGGACCAGGCUGGCUCCAUGCUGGCCAAAGAGACCCUGAAAGACGGGCUCCCUAUGCAUGAUGGGAAAGGAGACGUGCGCAAAUGCCCCUACUAUGCCGCUCAGCAGGACAAAGGUGCCCUGGAGGGCAGCAGCUGCCCCUUCCAAACAGCCAUGGCCGUGCUGAGGAUGCCCAGCCUCCAGCUCAUUAUUGCCGCCAGCGUGGCCCUGGCUGCCGGACUGUUGGCCUGGUACUACCUGUGAAGGACCCCACCCCACCACGCUGGUGCCACCUCCCGCUGUGACCACUGGCCCCACCCCACUAAAUGACCACCUCAGGUGACUUUUUUUUUUAAUGCUGCGUAUGAGAAAACAAGCAGCUAAUAAAAGCCAGAUGCUAAAGCCUCUGCCUGCCAGCGUCCUCUCUGCAGUCCAGGUGCUGAAGUGGGCUCAUGCUGCUCCCUGCAGUCCCUGGGCACCUGGGGCAGCAGCAGCUCAGUGCAGGCCCAGGACACCCAUACCUCUGACCCUCCGGGCUCAUUCCCUUCUUCCUUCUGGUCUCUCAGCACUUUGGGGGUGGCUUUCCUCUGUUGGGAGUGCUGUGGGAGGGAGCGGGGACCCACUGGGCUCUGCUGCGGGGCUUCUUGUGGGGGCCCAGGAUCCCUGUCCCGGGCUGCCAGCCCUCCUUCCUCAACCAGAAAACUCUGGGAGGUCCGUGCAGCCCACGACUGUCCCCUCUGACCUGUGUAAAUAUUCCAGUACUCAAUAAAGCAGACUCUGCAAGCUU